UGAUCAGGAGGAGCGGAAGCGCGGAUCGUCCUCUCGAUGGAAUCCAUCGCGACGCGAGGAUUGCGAUCGGCGCCUUCGCAUUUCGUGCGAAUCGAACCAGCAUUCGCCCUGCCAGGGAUGAGACGCUGGCGCGCUUUAAGAAAAGAAGAGGAUCAUGUCCAUGGCGAUGGCUGCCGCCAAUCUGGAGCGAUCGAGCUUGGUGGCGACCACGGCAUUGCUCACGGUACGCGACUCGGUGAGCGCUCCUCGGACAUUCCGGCCGCACCAAGAUAGGCUCACAAUCCGGGAACACUUCGCGCUCUACAAGAAGAAUUCGCUGCGAAGAGUGGACAGAUGGGUGGGCAGUGACAGUCCAAUCUCUGUUCUAGAGAGGAUUGUCCAGGGUGCCAGUGACGAGCAGGCAUUGCGAGUGGCUCUGGACGAGUAUAGGGGACAAUUAUCUCCAGAGAUUGUCGGCAAGGUACUCCAGAGACUGAUCGAUCCAGGGGCCGCAUUGGUGUUCUUCGAGUGGGCCGAGACGAGAGAUGGCUACCAGCACGAGAUCUUUUGCUGCAAUUGCCUGCUCAACGUUCUCGUCAAGGCUCACCAGUAUAGCCAAGCUCACGAUUUGUUUCGGAGUAGAAUCGAGGGGCAGUGGGGCGGCGACACGGUCACUUACAGCACUUUGAUCAGUGGUUUCAUACGAGCAGGGAAGAUCUUGCCAGCUUACGAGCUCUUCGACGAGAUGAAUCGAAAGGGUCUCAAGGCCCACGCUGGAGUACACAAGAGCAUCCUCAGGGGUCUGUGCGAUGCCGGCCAGUGCUCGGACGCGGUGCUCCACUUUCGGGAGAUGAGCAAGACGUGCCCGCCGGACUCGGUGACUUACAACACGAUGAUCAACGGGCUCAGCAAGUCGGACAGGCUAGACGAUGCUAUCCGGCUCCUGGAAGAGAUGGUGGACAAUGGCUUCGCUCCAAACGUUUUCAGCUACAACACCGUGCUGCAUGGUUUCUGCAAGGCCAACCGUGUGGAGAAUGCUCUCUGGCUGCUGGAGCAAAUGGUGAUGAGGGGAUGUCCUCCGGACGUCGUGAGCUACACCACAGUGAUCAAUGGUUUGUGCAAGUUGGAUCAAGUUGAUGAGGCUUGCCGGGUGAUGGACAAGAUGAUCCAAAGAGGAUGCCAGCCAAACGUGAUAACUUACGGGACGCUGGUGGACGGUUUCUGCCGAGUUGGAGACUUGGAUGGUGCCGUGGAGCUCGUCCGGAAGAUGACGGAGAGAGGAUACAGGCCGAAUGCCAUCACUUACAACAACAUAAUGCACGUCUUCUGCCGGAGGAACGACAUGGAACGAGCUCACCAAGUCUUGCAGAUGAUGAUCCAAACCGGGUGUCCUCCCGAUGCGAUCAACUACAGCACGAUCAUUUCCGGGUUCUGCAAGGCUGGAAAGCUACGCGAGGCACACGACCUUUUGGAGCAGAUGAUUCGACGUGGAUGUAGGCCGGAUGUUGCCUGUCUCAGCACUCUCAUCGACACGCUUUGCAAGGCAGCAGCGAUCGACUCGGCACAGGAGCUUUUGCGUAUGAGCAUCGGCAUGGACUGUGCUCCAGACGUGGUGGCCUACAGCAUCUUGAUCGACGCACUGUGCAAGGCUAAGAGGCUGCCAGAGGCUGAAAGCUGGCUGGACGUUAUGGUGAAGAACCGGUGCUACCCCGACGUGGUGACCUACAAUAGUGUCGUGGAUGGUCUCUGCAAGUCCAGGCGGAUUAACGAUGCCUUUCUUCUGUUCGACAGGAUGAGAGCAGCAGGCGUGAUGCCAGACGUGGUGACUUACAGCAUCGUCAUUCACAGCUUUUGCAAGGACAAUAACCUCGACUCGGCCUUUAAAAUGCUGGAGCGGAUGAAAGAGGCGAAGUGUGUUCCGGACGUGGUCACGUACAGUGCUCUCAUCAAUGGUUUGUGCAAGGCCGGAACAGUUGACAAAGCUUUUGACGUUUUCCAGGAGAUGCUGGGAUGCGGCUGUGCUCCCAAUCUGGUGACUUACAACACGCUCAUCGACGGCCUCUGCAAAAUCAACAAAGUCGAGCAAGCAGCUGAGAUGCUGGAGAUCAUGAGGAAGCAAAGCUGUACACCGGAUUCUAUCACUUACACUUGUCUUAUCAACGGCCUCUGCAAUGCAUCUCGUUUGGAGGAAGCCUGGCGAGUUCUCAGGGAGAUGAAGGACAAAGGUUGUCUACCGGAUAGGAUGACUUACGGCACGCUUCUAAGAGCUCUGCAGAAGACCAACAAUCUGGAGCUAGUGGAGCAACUUCUGAAAGAAAUGGAGGCGACAGAAGAGAUCAGGAUACGUGCCAGAAGGUUUGACAGGAAACUGAAGAUGUUUAAAGAGAUCGAAGAACAGGCCUGCUGGUUAAUCGUAAAAUGGGCGAGGUCUCUCCAAAAGUUCGGACUUUGUGUCGAUCUGUGCGAUCGAGGUCCCAAGUGGAAGACUAUAGGGGAAAAUGACUUCAAAUUUCGGCAAGGUGAUGUGUUGAUGAUGGCUAUGGCGGUUCCUAUGGCCGCCUUGACGAGCCAAACUCGAGUUCUAGAUUCCAAAGACCAGCAGGGCCAAUUUUCUCCUAGGCCUCACCAGUACAGAGUAACAGCAGUAGCGACGCAAGGUGGUUUUCAUCACAAGAUUGUAAGGAUACUCAACAGCAGGUGUGCUUGGGAGUACGCAGAGACGGCACUGGAGAGAUUCACAGGGAAGCUCACGACAACAGUAGUCGGGAAGGUUUUACAGGGCGUUCGGAAUGGCGAUGCUGCCUUGGGAUUCUUCGACUGGGCUACUUCUCAAGAAGGAUACAACCACGACACCUAUACGUGCAACUGCUUGCUGCAAGCGCUCUUGAGGCUCAAGCGACCCAAGGAUGCGCUACAGGUGUACAGGAACAAGCUCUGCUGCUCGCCCAACAUGUUCACUUUUACCAUUUUGAUCCACGGGCUUUGCAGAGCUGGAGAUAUCGGGACUGCUUACGCGCUCCUCAAAGAGAUGCCCAGGCAUGGCGUUCCACAAAACGUUAUCCUCCACAACGUCGUGAUCAAGGGGCUGUGCAGUGGCAGAAAGCUUGACAGUGCGUUGCAGCUGUUCAAAGAGAUGGAAGAAUCGGGGAGCUGCCCGCCUGACGUGUUCACUUACAGCACAAUCGUGGACUCGCUCGUGAAGUCUGGGAAAGUGGACGAUGCUUGCCGGCUUGUGGAAGCCAUGGUUUCGAAAGGAUGCUCUCCAAACGUUGUUACUUACAGCUCGCUGCUUCACGGGCUCUGCAAGGCCGGGAAGCUCGACGAAGCGACGGCUCUCUUGCAGAGAAUGACUAGAAGUGGCUGCUCUCCCAACAUCGUCACUUACAACACGAUAAUCGACGGUCACUGCAAGCUAGGAAGGAUUGACGAGGCGUAUCACCUCUUGGAAGAGAUGGUGGACGGCGGCUGCCAGCCAAACGUUGUCACUUACACGGUUCUUCUCGACGCAUUUUGCAAGUGUGGCAAGGCUGAGGAUGCCAUCGGCCUGGUGGAGGUGAUGGUGGAGAAGGGAUACGUGCCAAAUCUCUUCACUUACAACUCUCUACUGGACAUGUUUUGCAAGAAGGACGAAGUAGAGAGAGCCUGUCAACUUCUAAGCUCGAUGAUCCAGAAGGGCUGUGUUCCAAACGUGGUGAGCUACAACACAGUCAUAGCAGGGCUUUGCAAGGCAACCAAGGUACACGAAGGCGUUCUCCUCCUCGAACAGAUGCUUAGCAACAACUGCGUGCCAGACAUCGUCACAUUCAACACCAUCAUCGAUGCUAUGUGCAAGACAUACAGGGUCGACAUAGCUUACGAGCUCUUCAACUUGAUUCAGGAGAGCGGCUGCACGCCAAACUUAGUGACUUACAACUCGCUGGUUCACGGGCUUUGCAAGAGCAGGAGGUUCGACCAGGCUGAAUACCUCCUCCGAGAGAUGACGAGGAAGCAGGGAUGCUCACCCGAUAUUAUCACUUACAACACGGUCAUCGAUGGUUUGUGCAAAUCCAAGCGUGUGGAUCGGGCCUACAAGCUGUUUCUCCAGAUGCUCAGUGACGGUCUAGCUCCGGACGAUGUCACCUACAGCAUCGUCAUCUCCAGCCUCUGCAAGUGGCGCUUCAUGGACGAAGCAAACAACGUCCUGGAGCUCAUGCUCAAGAAUGGAUUCGAUCCAGGCGCGAUAACUUACGGGACGCUCAUCGAUGGCUUCUGCAAGACUGGAAACCUGGACAAGGCCUUGGAGAUCCUCCAGCUCCUGCUCAGCAAAGGCUCGUAUCCGGACGUGGUGACUUUCAGCAUCUUCAUCGACUGGCUGUCCAAGCGUGGAAGGCUUCGCCAAGCUGGUGAAUUGCUGGAGACAAUGCUGAGAGCUGGACUGGUUCCCGACACUGUCACGUACAACACACUGCUCAAGGGGUUUUGCGAUGCUUCUCGGACAGAAGACGCAGUCGACUUGUUUGAGGUGAUGAGACAGUGUGGUUGCGAGCCCGACAACGCAACGUACACCACCCUGGUCGGCCACCUUGUCGACAAAAAGAGCUACAAGGAUCUGCUAGCAGAGGUUUCGAAGUCGAUGGUGGACACCGGGUUUAAGCUCAACCACGAGCUCAGCUCCAAGCUCGAGGCUUCGGUGAGCGCGAGCUGACUGAGAUGAGUAU